AUGAACCAUACACCCUUCAAUAAAUUUGUUGAGGCUUACCAGUCUAUGCAAAUGCUAGAGGAAAAGCUAAGUUAUCUUAAAGAGUAAUUUGCAUUUGACCCUUUAAACUAUGAUCUUGGGCAUACACAAGUUAAUCAAGCAGCUAUCUCUCUAUAAGCCCACAUGGUGAAUAGCUUGAAUUUCGAGCAAUUCGAGUUUAUCAUUUAUGCUCUUUAAGACAUUCUUAAAAACUAUCUUUCACAAGGUUCAUCAGAGGAUUCGAGAUAGUCAUGCAGGGUAUCCGAUAUUUUGACAUUAUUAGCACCCAUUCAAUCUUUGAUUAUUUUAUCCUUGGCAAAAUGCUAUACUUAACUCUUGAUAUCAGAAUUCUUUGAUUCUCAAAACUAUGAUGCUGAGAGAGUCUAUAUUAUGCAAAAUGCUUUUGAUAUCAUAGGAGAAUUAGCUUCAUUCUUGAUCACUCAUUAUGCUGGAAAACUAAAACCUGGCUUUAGACCGCAACUUCAAUUAAAAAUUUAAGAUUGCUUAACUAUUCUUUAAAAUCAUAAUGAGAGGGAAUUAUUUAAUAGGACUUUGAGCUCAAUAAACACUAAGAAAAAUAACAAUAUCGAUAAGAAAAAGGUGCUAAAUCGCUUUUUAUCAUCCGAAGAUGAUUCGAGAAAUACCCUAGUGCCAGAAUCUUAAAGGGCAGUGAUUAGUGCAACAAGGCCAUCAUAGCCAGAGAUGUUUAAAUACAAGAAGAUAGCAUUUGGUUCAGAAAGACAAUCCUAGAAUCAGUAAAUGCAAAAUUAAGUUGGAAGCGGCUUGCAAACAUAAUAAGCUUCAGGCUAAACAUAGGGCUCAUAAAAUUUCAAUGAGACUGACAAAAAGGCAAUCGAAUCUUUGUUUUAUUCAUUGAUUCAAAUUAGUAAUUCUCUACUUUAAGAAGCUUAAAAUAGCAAGUAACCAAAUCAGAUCGAAAGUUUAUUGAACUCAUAAUUUAUACCAAUUAUGCUCCUUGUAAAGUAGUAUGAACUAAUAUUUUUUGACUCUUUCCAAAACCUUCAGAUGAAAAGAAGAAUAAUUGGAGGUGAUAAUUAUGAAUUUAAUUUGCUGAUGCAUGAUGUGCAUACUGCUGCUCCAUUUUAAAACUACAGUUUGAUUACUCUUCUCCUAAGAUCAUUCUUAAAGGCAAAUAAAGUAAUGUAAACUCAUUAAAUACAAUAUUAGUAAUCUCAGAUCGUCUUCGAUAAGAUAAGACAUAGUAAAAAUGUUAGUAUUAGCAGCAAAAAUGAAUUUCAACAUUAGUCUAUCACUAACUCUGCCAGUUUGCUUAAGAAAAAUGAUAUUACCGCAAAAAUAAUUGAUGACAUUACUUAGCGAUAGAUUAUUUAUUAUCUCGUUCACUAUGAUCUAGGAAGACAAUAGCACAAAAGACAAGAGGAGGAAUAAAAGAAAUCUCAGAUUAUAAUUGAAGAAUAGAAAAAAAUAGCUCAGCCUACUUUAAAGAGAUAAAAAACUGUUGGUUUACUUAGCAUUAGAACCUAAUCAUUAAAUAGCUCUAUCGCAAAUGACCCCUUACUUUCAAGCAACAAACUUAGACAGAUCAGGAGUCCUUUGAAUAAUCCUUUGAAUGACAUUUAAUCUCCUUCAGUCUUUAUUAAAAAUUUAGUUGGCUUAGGCAACACCUAAGAUGAUGUAACUCCUUCUGAAACAGUAUCAAGAGAACCUUUGAGGAUUGAAAGAAUAACAGAUGAGGGCACAAGUAAGAUAUUUUCUAGAGAAAUGGCUGCGAAGAAAACUGUUGACAAUCAACUAAAGUAGAAUGACUAGCCUGAUCCAAUCUAAGUUCUCAGAUAACCUCAAUCAUAUAGGGAUCACUUUAAAUCAUCAGAUCUUAUACAUAGCUCUGAAGCACUUAUUAACCUAAGUGAAGCUAGAAUUAAUUGGAUCAGAGUAAGUCACACACUUAUGGAGUUACAAAUUGAGACACUUAAAUAGCAAUUUGGAUUAGAUAGAGAAAAUAUCAAAGUAUAAUUCCUUUUCGACAGAAUGUUUGACCUCUUAAAGAUUACUCUCUACUUCAUUUGCCAAUUCAAGCACCAUCAAGAGCUGUUCUACAGAAUAGAUGAUUUGCAAGAAAUAGCUGAUACUGAGCUGUAUCCAUGCUUUUUAGCCAACACUUUCUAAAUUGUAAGAAUUUAAUUCCUCAUUUUUACUAAUUAGAUGAUGACAAUAACUUAAGGAGAUAAUCAGCAUUUAUAAGAGACAUUUUAUGAUGAAUAUCUUGAUAUAAUCACAUUGCUCUCAAUUGGCUUAUACGAUGAUGUGGACAAGAAUUUCAUGCUUAAGAUAUACUAUAAUCUUUUCUUCGAAAAAAUUUGUUAAAGAGGUACUCCUAAGCAAUUAUUCAUGACCAUCCCUCAUCUUCUUAAUUUCUUUAAUUCCUUUUGUAAGUUCUAAUUGAUAAAUCAUUAUAUCAUAGUUUAUCCUCAAAAGCGUAUCAAAGAUGUAGAGGCUAUAGAUUACCUUAGAUAGAAGAAAAACUAUAAGAUCCUGUAUAAGAAAUUGAUGGCUCUUGACUAGACUUCAAGAUAAACAGUUUCUACUCCAUAAACAAACACUAAUAGAAUAAAGCCUGAUGUUGAAGUCAACAUGAUACUAUUUCAACAGCUUGUUCUUGGGACGAUUUCUUUGUUAGCUCACUAUAAUUAGAAGAAAAAUGAUCUAUGUUGGAGAGAAAUUGAGACUAUCAUAAAUUUUAACUAUUCAACAGAGCUUAAUCAAGCUAAGCUUUAUCAAUAUCUAAAGUUAGUCUUACUCAUAAUGAGAAGUCAAUAAGCCCCAAAUAACUAAGAAAUUUUCACUAUUCUAAUGGAUGAAAAUGAUAAGGAUUUACUGCUUGAGAGGAAAUUUUGGAGUCUUGCUGCCUCUUCCAAAGAUGAAAACUUCAAUAAAAGUAUAUGGGAAUCGAUUAUCUAGAAACUUAGAAGUUACCUUAAAUUUUAAUAUGACAAGCAAUAAAAGAAGUAGAAUGAAUAAGCUCAAAAUAACAACAACAAUAAUUAGAAUCAAUAGCUAAGAGAAGAGAUAUAGUAACUUAUUGCUAGAAAUCUAUCUGUAAUUUAACCAGAUAACAGAUAAGGAGGAGCUGGAGCAAAUGCAGAUGUCAUCUCUGAAGGAGUUUUCAAUAUGUAUAAGAGAUUCUUGAUGUAUGGUAUCUAAAACAAUGAUAUCUGCAAUUAGCUUUAUAAAUUGCUACUGGAAUUCGUUAGAGAUAUUAUGGAUAUUUUAGACUUGAAUUCGUAUGAUCUGGCAUUAGUAAUUACAAAGCACAUACUAAUUUCUAAAGAUAAAACUAGAGAUUAGGAUGAAGUGUUGAUAAUUUUAUCUGAAAUUCUGAAAAGGCUUAACCCAUUUAUAAAUCAUUGGACAACUAAGCAGGCCUAAAACUAAUAAUAGACCCACAAUAGAUACAGAAAUAUAAUUGAUAGUGAGUAAUUUAGCAACUAUAGGGAACAUGAUAAAAUAAAAAACAAUGAGAAGAUCAGAACAUUUAUUGCUGUAGCAGUAAGUGUUUUGACAAACUACAUUGACUUCAGAGAGAAUUUUAGAUUCGAAAAGUCAUUAGAGAUGCUUUAAAAAAGGAUAUUCUUUGAUGAUAUACUAGUUAAUAUGAGAAGACUUAUUAUAAGAUCACGGUCACAGGCAUAAAAGUUUGUAGAUUAAAUUAUUAGAAUAUGCUUGUUUACAAGGAUAGAACCACAAGUUGUGCCCAUUUAUGAUCACACUAGCAAAUCUGAAUAAGACUAUAUGAUCUAGAAAAAUCAGAGAUACUCGAAUGCAAAAUUCAUAGAUUAUCUACUGCAUCUAAUAGUGGACAUCACUGAGUAAAUGGCUGAUACGAAUGCAUGCGUACCGAUUGUAAUGAGUUUUAUAAAAGCAAUCACAAAGGAAAUGGCUUAAUCUUCUAACAUUUAAUGUCUCAUUCUUGCAAAAUCUAUUAAUACCAAUAUGGUUAAAAACUUUAAGAAGAUAAUGAUUUAUAUCAGAGAAAAAGUAGAAUUUCAAAAUGAUUUUGAGUUUAUCGAUGGUCUUAAACUAUUAUUAGAGAAAACUCUGGCAGCCAUACCAAAUCCAAUGAUUUACAAGGAGUUCUUCUCAUUCUUAAGAGAGAUUUUCUAUUAUAAUAAGGAUAUGGAUUAAGUUGAUUGCCAGCUUGCUGGAGAUGUCCUCGAGAUUCUAAAUAACUUGAUGAAGAAUAAGGGAUCGGACUAAAUUAUUGAGAAAAAGUCCAAACUCUCAGUGCAGAAGUUCCUAAUGAAUGAUUAUUUCUACAUUUCAGAUUACUCUCCAGGAAUAAUAUUAACAGACAAUUUUAAACCACCUUAGGACUGCUUCUACCUUACAAUGCUGUUUAACAUAGAUAUGAAAAUGGUAAGAUAACAAUAUGAAGAGAAGAAGACUGAUUCAAUUUGUCUCACUCUAUUUACUAUUAAGAAUGUAACUGAUCCAUUUUAAGACCCAUUGCCUAUUUAUGUUCAAACAUAUUAAGAUAACUUUAAGUUGUUUGAUUUUGUUGAGAAAAUUGAUGAUAACUGGCAUCUUCUAAUAGUUUAGUUCAAAUACAAACAACAUAAGUUAUCUUCAGAUGAAUACAAGAUUAAGAUAUUUAUAGAUUCAGUGUCUAGACCUAUUGGCUUAUCUGUUGAUAUGAAAUAUUAGAAGAACAGCUAAUAUGAUAAAGGAAUGAAAAUCAAAUCUAAUGAGAUAUUCCAGGGAAGACUUUCGUUCAUAUUUGGAUUUACAAAGUUUAACCUUGACAAAAACUUGAAUGAUAAUGAUAUGAGAGAAGGCUUCAAGAUGUUUAUCUUCAAUCAAAUUUAAAAGAAACACAUAAUAAAUCUCUCACCACAAGAUUUGACUAACUUUUUUAAAUCAAGACAAAUUAAGCAUCCAAAGGACUUUCCAAAAGAAUUUGAAUGUCUAAAUGACUUAAAUGAACAAAUAAUUCUGAAGCAUCACGCUGCAAUUGAACUUAAUUUCAUCACAGCCAUUCAUGCUAUUAGACCACAUCAAACAUUUGUAGGUUUAGGUGGUUUUAAACUUAUGUAUCCCUUGUUUGAGAAGUCACUUUAGUCUAAUCUUUCUAAAUUCUAAAAGUCAGACAUUUGGAAGAAUUUAUUCAAGAUACUCCGCACUUUGAUGAAUGUGGAGCCUGGUCACGUUUCUAGACUCUUCAGAAAUAAGAAUCUAAUAGAGAUUCUCAAAUAUUGUCUAAUCAGAGGAGGACUCUAGAAUAUUCUGACCAGAGACCUUAUCAACUAUGUAAUUUAACUUUUGAGUGAUAUCAGAACUAAUGAUUCAAACAAUGAACUCGAGGGCUUUUACAAAAGAUACUUGUAUGAUAUAAUACUUUGCCCUAAGUUCUGUUUCUUAAAUUAUACAGAUAGCAGUAGACUAAGAAAAGAAAUCAAGGUUUUCGUGGAGGUCGCAGAUAAUCUGUAUGCUAUAUUCUAAGACUAGUACUUCAAACCUAGCUAUAAGAAUAGCAACAUUAUGAGAUUACUUGCUUCUGAAGAAUGCUAUUAACUAUUAAUGAAACUUAUUCAGAAGUUCUCAAGCGUGUAGUAUAUAAAGCAAACUAAUAAGAUUGCUAAGAUUUUAAUUAAAAUUGCAAUAACUAUUGGCUAUAAGGAGGGAUUCAUGAGAUUGAUAGAUAUAAUUCAGAAAAAUCACAUUGAUAAAGUACCACUUGAAAAGACCACUACUAAUACUCUUCUAAAGAUACUUCUUGGGAUUAUCUCGGAUCCUAUGUUUACUAGAUCUCCACUUAUUUAAGUUUUCAAGAUGAAGUCAAAUAUAGAUCUGCUUGACAAGCAUUUAGUAUAACUUAAACCAAUGAAUGAGUAUAAUUAAGGAGAAUUAGAUAAGAUUAGAGAUUCUAUAAUAGCCUUGACAUUCAAGAUAGAAUAUGAUACAUUCACCAAAUUCAAUGAUAGCUUUAGAGCAAGAUUACCACCAGAAAGAGCAAUCAGCUCUCAUUAGCCCAGAUCUUUAAGCUAGGAUGAUAGAAACAUGUUUAUCAAUAGAACUUUUGAUCAAAUCAAAAAGAAUAAAGAACCUAUGCCAAUGCAAAAGACAGUGUGCACUUUGCUUAUGAUUUCAUUCGAAUAAGCUUUCAGAGAUAUGUAGAAGAAUCAAGGCUCUCCUCAUAAAAUACAGAUAAGGUACAAUCCACAGUCUCUAAUAGAGAUAGCCAAGCAUAGAAACUUCAUAGACUUGAUAAACAGCAAAUACUUUGACAAAGAUAUUUUUAACAAGGUCAAAGAACUGUUCUAUCUAUUUGAUUUCAAUACUAAGUCCUUGUUCUUAAACUUCUUCAAGCAGAUUAUAGAUGUUCAUGAUGAAAUCAGUGAAACUGGCUAAAUGAAGUUUAUGAUGAAUAUACUGAAACUUGAAACAAACAUCAAGACUAUUGUUGAGAUGACGUUGAAAACUGAAGACUAAAGCAUAAUAGAUUUCUCAGAAAGAAUAGUCUCAUCUGUGAUAAAGUCUUACUUUGAUAGUUCUCUUGAUAUCCAACAUCUUGAUUAAAUGAACACGCAUUACUCGGAUGAAGAGAAGCAAUAUCUUAAAUUCAUUAAGAUGUUAAUGUGGAGUCUCGAUCAUAAGAACUUUUCUUAAUUAGUAAUAAUUAACGAUGCUCUAAGACAUGCUCAGGAUGUCUCCUUGAUAAUUGAUGAUGUCAAAUACAAUGAGACAAAUAAAGUAAACUUUAACAUUAAGCUUAUCAGUAUAUUGUAAAUGGUUGAAGAAAUCAUUUUCAGAAAGAGCAAAUAAGAUAGGUUAUUCUUGGAUGAGUAAUUCUAUCAAAUAUUGGCAAGACUUCUAAUCCUAUUUGAUGAGAGAUAGAUUAUGUACUUCGAUUAACCCAGCCCUAAUAUCCUAGAGAGUGAAAGACAAAGCAUAUCACUUAACCUUGAAGGCAGUGAAGUAGAAAACAUCAGACUUGAUUCAAAAGAUACUAUAAAAGCAAGAGACUUUGAGUUCAUACUAGGAGGGCCAUUAAGAAUCAUACUCUCAUUUUUACUACAAAUGAUGAGAAAAUACCAAGACAAUGAGCAUUAAUUCGACUGGCUAAUGCAAAUGAUGAGAUUCCUAAUAUUUAGGGAUGAAUCGGAUUUCAUUAACCAGUUCAGAGUUUAGACUAAUACCUAUCAUUUAACUAUGAAUAAGAAUGAACGCAAAAUCCCAUUGUUCAAACUGAUCUUUGGAAGUACUGAGAAAAUUAAGAACAUGAAUUUUAAGCUGACUGUCUAUGACCUUACAAGAAUGUACAUCGAGAAGUAGGGAGAAUACUUAAACCAGAGAGAGACUAUGACUAGUUGUCCUGGCUUUAUAGCCUUUCUCCUUGUGUCAGAACUCUAUGAAAUCAUAAGAAGAAAAUUGAUUCAAGAAUACAACGACCAGGAAAACUUAUUAAAGCAGAGAAAUCUCCAGUCAGUCAUUUUAAAGCUAUUCGAUCUACUUUACUAGAUUCUUAAAGAAUACUAUUAAAUUAAGGAUUUAGAAGGUAUGGAUGAACUUUCUAUGGGCUAACUAGUACUGACAAUUCUUCAUCCACAUUUAAAGGAAAAUCUGUUUCAUCAAAUGAGAUAACCAUUCCUGUAGUCUUAGGAUAAUCACAAGAUUUUCUUCUUGAGCAAGCCUUAUCAUCCAGAGAUAAUAGACUAUCAAGAACUCGAUGAUAAUAUGAAGGAUAGCUAUUUCAGAAUGAAAACUCGCAGCCCAAUGCACUCUGAGAUCUAGUCCAAUAUAGAGGAGAACAACACAGUCAUGAAAUCAUAGAUAGUGAUGGAAGAAAAUACUAUUAAAAGUGUGUAUGAAAAUGAAGAAGAUCAGCUAUUUAGAAGAGCUGACUUAGAAAAAUCCGACAUCGAGACUGAAAUAGAGCAGAGGCAAUACCUAAAUGCUUAUAAUGAGGUGAGGCCAAAUGAAAUGUUCUAGGACUAGGUAAUGGAGCACUUCUCCAAACUGUAUUCACAAUUGAACAAGAUAUUUGACACUGUUCUGCCUAACUCGGAUCCUGAAUAAAUAAGUUAAAGUGUUAAACAAAUUAAGCAAGUUUACUUCGACAGUAAACCAGCAAUGCAACUAAUGCAAUGUAUCAGAUAGGUAUCAACAGAGAAAUUCAGAGAAUCUCUGCAAUAAAUAUUUUCAUCUUACAAAAGCCAAAAUGAAAUCUACAAUAAGAUUAUCAAGAGCGAUGAGGAGAUAGAUGCCUAUUAUCAGAAACACAAAAUGAAGGUUCAAAGAACUCCUAAGCUAGAACCUGACAGAUCUUGGAUGACUUCUUAAAAUGCCAACCUAGGCUAGUCACAAAAUAUGCUCUCCUCACAAAGAAUUUUGAAUCAAUCCCAGAAUGUUCAUUAAAAGAAUGAUAUAAACAUUGCAGAUAGCUUCACAACCUCUUAGAUUUAAGAUAAUUUCACACAAAAAUUGCCUAUUAAGAGAGUUGAAUCAGUGGAUUCACUGAAUACAUUCGAGAUUUACAGUGAUAAUGGUUAAGUAAGAGGUGAUAGUAUUCUGAAGCAAGGAACAGGGCCAGGUGGUAAAUAAGACAGAGAACAUAGAACUCUCCAGUACUACUACACUAAGUACCAAUAUUGGAAGAUAGUAAAACGACUUGAAGAGGAUCAAUCUUCAAUGUGGUAUGAUAAUUUGGAGUAAAUAAGGAAAGACUAUGCUGACCUGAAAGAAAUUUAUGACUUGAUAACUGCUCCUAAAAAGAAUACUCACAAUAACAAUAAUCAGGAAGAGUUCAAAUCCAAGUCAGUAAUCAAUGAUCCCCAGAGAACUCCAAGAACUAUGCAGUAGGCUAACUCAAAGAAGAGAUAGUAUGACCACUUCGUCAGACAGAGAAGAAAUGCCGAUAGCUGGGGUAGGAUGUUUUUACUGAAGCCAGAUAGAAGAUACAAACAGACUAACUUCUGGAUGACUCACAUGUACUUUAUUCACGAUUUCAUGAAGAGUAUGCUUGCUGUUGGCUUCCUAGAGGACUCUGACUUCAGUGAUGCUCAGACUCUGAUCAAUAACCUCUUGAUGGAGAAUGCUUAGAGACAAGUAGAUGAGUACAAUGAAUCACUGGGAAAUACUCAAGAGGCAGGCACUAAUCUAGAUUUCAUGAAUGCCAGUCUCGAAAGUUUUAGACAAUCACCUUAGUCUGAGUAGCUUAAGAAACUAAGGGAGAUGCUUAUUAAUAAGAUAGAGCAGAAUGAUUUUCUGUACAGCCUUAUGUCUAAUCCAGAUAGUAUCAUAGACUAAAUCCACGAUAGACACUACAAGGGACCUUAUGAUUUCCACAACAUUGAAUACUCUCUGGAUUAACUUGAAUUUGACAUUUAGUAUAUUGCUGUUGAAGGUCCUUACUUUGGUAGGUUUUACAUCUCCAACUAGUACAUCAUGUUUAAGAGUAAAUGUGAACCCCUUGACCCUGAGAAGUUUAAAUUUGCCUUGCAUCUUGACCAGCAAAUGCGAAAGAAGGAUAAGAUCUGGCACUACAACGAAAUAGAGCAAAUAUUCAAGCGCAGAUUUUUACUAGUGCAUCAAGCUUGCGAGAUAUUCACCAAGGAAAAGAAGUCUUACUUCUUCAACUUCUUCAAUGAGGAGAACUGCCACCUUUUCUUCUAAAGGAUCAAGGAAAUAUACUAGAGGAAUAAGUACAGCAAGGCUGAAAUUAUUACCAAUCCCAGAGAUGAGUUCAGGAAAAAAGAGUUCAAAAAUAAAUGGCUUAAAGGAGAAAUUUCAAAUCAACAAUUCUUAUUGCUUGUUAAUAAGUACAGUGGCAGAAGCUUCAAUGAUCUCACAUAGUAUCCAAUAUUCCCCUGGGUUCUUAAGGACUAGCACAGUUCAUCAUAUAGUGAGUUAAAGGAUAAGAUAAAUAAUAACCCAGGAGAAGUACUGAGAGACCUUACUUUUACUACUGGAGCUAUUACAGAGUUCAAGAGAUAAAAUGCAAUCAAUCAAUACAGAAAAGAUGAGGAUGCAGUACAAAUUUACGGAAACGAAAAAUUCCAUCUGAAGUUUGGAUACUCAAAUAAGAUGUUUUCUUUAGCCUAUCUAAUCAGACUUGAACCAUUUACUGAUAGUUUUAUCUAAGUUAACAAAAGUCUAGACAACCCAGAUAGAAUUAUGUACAGCAUUGGAGAUUAAUAUCACAGUGUUGAGACAGAUCCGCAGAAUAAUAGUGAAUUGACUCCUGAGUUCUUUUACCUACCUGAAAUUCUAAGAAAUCACAACUUGAAUCACUUUGGUAGAAACAGAGAAGGAACCUGUGUGAAUGAAGUGAUUCUUCCUCCUUGGGCUAAGAAUGAGCAUGACUUCGUUAGAAUUAACAGAGAGGUCUUAGAUUCCAAAAUAAUAACAUCAAAGCUUCCAUUUUGGCUAGAUAUGAUAUUUGGAGCUAAGCAAGCUAAGGAAGAAUGCUAUAAUAUCUUUUAUUGCUACGCUUAUGAAAAUUAUGUUGGUGUCAAGUCUAACAGAGACCAAAUGGAAGUGGCAAAUAUAGAUACCAUCAAAGAAUUCAUGCAAGUCCCUUACCAGUUGUUUAAGGAUGUUCUCGCUACAGAAAAGACAUUUAAAAUUAUCUUUGGAGGCUAAAUGGUUUCUGGAUAAGUAAGUGGAUAAUUACCUAGCAGCUAGCAGAUACCUCAGCAUUAGAUUGAUGAUAUGGAAUCUCUAGAAACAAAUCAAACAGAAUUUGGCAAGAAUAAAAGCAAAGCUGAGAAAGGGUAAAGUGGGCUGAAGAAGUUCUUUUUCAAAUAGCCUCCAUAAUAAGUGACAUCAAGAGUUUAAACUUAAAAUCCUGCUUCAUCAUCACAUUAAGUGAUUAUAGGAAGAAAUUAGCCUGCAUCAUCUCUGAUAAGAAGAUUUUUAGAAAAGCCAAAGCCAAAAGAUUCUGAAAUCAAUAAUAUUUGUGAAGAGCAUAAGAUUUCAGAUCCUAAUAGACAAGUUAUUCACAUGCUCCUCUCUCUAAACAAAUGCCUGGUGUUUGUUUCAGAUAGGUUCUAAAAUGAAGGAUUUGGUAAUGGAUAUAUAAGUGUAGCUGGAUGUAGAGAAAGUUUUUCUUAGGAUGAAUUGAAACCACUAUGUAACCUCGGGAUAAGGAUCUAAAAUCUCAAGGGUGAUUUGAGCGCAGUAUUCCAGACUACAACUCCAAUAAAAAAUACAUAAAAGUACCCUCUGAUAUAUAUCGGUCAGAAUCUUGAUAAUACAAUCAAAGUAUUCGAUCUCAAUGUUAAGAAAGGGCAACCCUAAUUAGUCUAUCAAGAAUCAGUUAACAACAAUGUUGUGAAUGUGAUAAAGUUCUCUCAAGACUCUAAAUACUUUAUAACUGGCGAUUAGGACGGAGUAAUUCAUCACUAUUGCAGAGAUACAGAGGAUAUUUAUGAUUAUUAAUCAUCUGCUCUGGCAUCCUCAGCUCCUAUGCCUAAAUUUGAUCAGAAAAACCCUGCUUUCCCCUAUAUCUUAAAGUAUAAAAUCCAAGAUCACAUGGCUGCAGUGAUUGGCGUUGAUAUAAACAUGACUUUAGAUAUGUAUGCUACAGCCUCAUCAGAUGGAAACAUCUUCUUGAGAUGUCUGAGAACAUCUUAACUUUGGAAAGUUAUCCCAGCUAGUAUUCUACAAGUUCCUCAUAUUUAAGUUGUCUCAUUGAAGAUCUCAUUGCACGGCUAUGUAAUUAUUGUAAUUAAGACAACUCAUGAAACACAUAUUUAUGUAUACUCUAUAAAUGGAGAUAUUCUCACCCAGCAAAUCAAGGCUAAUAACGUGUUUGAGUUGAAAUAUGUUCAACUGAGCUAGGCUGAGGAUCAUUUGAUUUGGGUAAUAAACAGGAAAAAUAAAAACACUGAUAUUGAAUGGAAUGGUCAAAACAGUAAAAAUUCAAUAAGUACAAGGCAAAACAAGCCAACUAUGAUGCCUGCAAUAAGAUGCUUUACUAUGAACUAGGAUGAAAGCAAAUUGAAUUUAUUCUUGGCAAAUCAGUUAAUAUACUGCUUUGAUGAAAGCAAAGAGCAAAUUAUCAAGCAACUUGAUGAUUUUGGUCUCACAUGA